UCUCGUGAUUUCUCUUUUUUUUUCCUUUUUGCUCACCUUAAGUUGAAGAAGUGUCUUCUACCUCUUUUCCCUCUCCUUUCAAGCUCUGUGGCAAGAGCUUCCCAAGGUGCCAUCAUGCUCCCCCCUUUCGACUACUUUACAUAUCGUCGUCUCCGAGAUUACAAGCGGAGAGACCGAGCAGCUAGAUUCGCAUCGCUACCGGCUGAAUACCACGCCCCCUUCACCGCCAUCGACAAGGUCAUUAUCAACAAGCCGAUCCAAGAAUUGGUGGAGGAGGUUCACACUGAAUCAUUAGCACCCCUCGAUGUGCUUCGCACCUAUGGCAAAGUAGCGGUUAAAGCUCAUGAGAAGACCAAUUGUGUGACAGAGCUCCUUCUGCCUGAGGCUGAAUCAUGGGUUCAGUCCGAAGUCAACCUCCAAGGACCACUGGCGGGGAUCCCCGUCUCACUGAAGGAUUCGCUUCAGAUCAAAGGAUUCGAUACCACCCUGGGGUAUACGAAGUAUGCCUGUAAGCCAUACAAGGAAGAUGGACCUAUGACCAAGCUCCUGAAAGACGCCGGUGCUGUACCUUAUGCUAAGACCGCGCUGCCCGUGACUUUAUUGUCGUUUGAAUCAGCUAAUGCUCUCUGGGGCCCGUGUCUCAACCCUCAUGUUCCCGAGUAUUCCCCUGGUGGUUCUACUGGUGGUGAAGGGGCCCUGUUGGCAUUGGGCGGUCGUAUCGGUAUUGGUUCUGAUGUUGCCGGGUCUGUCCGCGUCCCAGCGGCCUGGAGCGGGAUCUAUUCCCUACGCUGCAGUACUGGCCGAUGGCCGAAGGUUGGUGUUCACACCAGCAUGGCUGGCCAAGAAGGAGUUCCUAGUGUCUUCAGCCCAAUGGCUCGGACCUUGAAUGAUCUGACCUACUUCACUAAAGCUAUUGUGGGGAUGGAGCCGUGGAAGUAUGAUUACACGGUUCAUCCCAUUCAUUGGCGGGAGAAGGAGGAGGCGGAAGCUCAGAGCAAAAGGCUUCGCAUCGGCCUGAUGAGUAGCGAUGGUGUCAUUCCUCCUACCCCGGCCAUUGCGCGUGCCCUAUCAACCACAGCCACUGCUCUCAUCGCGGCCGGCCACACAGUUUCGGAGAUCAAGCCACCAGUCACGGCGGACCCCUUCACCGGACUUCAUCUAGCUUCGCAGCUCUUGAACUCUGAUGGUUGCGUCACCUUCAACUCACACCUGCAUUCUUUCGAGCCCUCCGACCCGGGCGCAGAUCAACUUACCCGGAUCUCGAACCUCCCCCGUCCACUACGGUACCUUUACUACCUCUGGGUACGCUACAUCCGCCGGGAUGUCCAGUGGGCCAAGUUGAUUCGUACCUUCGGUCCCAAAUCGGCCGCCGAGCUCUGGAAGCUCACCGCACAGCGCGAAUCCUUCCGCGCCACCUGGCACGCCUGGUGGGAUGGUGCGACACAGCAGUACGAUUUCAUUCUCUGCCCGGUGAACGCCACCCCAGCUCUCCCCCACAAAGCCAUGCACGAUGCUGUUUCAUCUUGUGGGUACACCUUCCUUUGGAACCUGCUCGACUACACUGCGGGUGUUGUGCCUGUGUCACACGUCGACGCGAAGAAAGACGCUCUUCCCGGACCGUACAAGAAGGUUCUCAAGCAGCUGGGCGCCGACGGAGCACUCUCUCGUGGUGCCUGGAAGCACUACGACGCUAUCAAGAUGGCAGGAUUGCCGACGGCGGUGCAGGUGGUAGGCCGCCGCUGGCAGGAGGAGAAGGUCCUUGGAUAUAUGGCGGCGGUUGAGGCGGCGCUGGACCAGUAUCAAGAUCCGGCGACCGGUGAGGGUGGACGAUACCCCUUGCUCGAGUUGGACUGAGAUAAGUUUGUCAUAAUUCUCAUCUGUCUAGACCUUAGUGUAGUUAUUCCUGUUAUAUGAGCGAACCAUAGGAUGAACUGUUUCCCUU